AAGCAACCAGUUACUUUUCUCUCUCGAAGAAAAGUUUCGUCAUCUUUUCUUCAAUUGCUCUCAACACCAUAGGUCAACAACUUCCUGAUCAAGCUGAUUCCUGAAGAGACCUGCAGAAGCUGAGCCUUUCAUGAUGAGUUUCUUCUACUCCAAUUACUAUGACUCAGGCCAUGGUGAUAGAGGGUAUCAUCCAAAUUCUUAUGAUUCCUCCAGCAAUUUCGCUUCUUACUAUGACCGCAGGUUCGACGGCGAGACAGAGUUCUCAGAUCACGUCCCGGCUCAAUACUACACAACUUACGAUUAUGUUCCUCCUCAGACCACAAUUUCGUACUCUGCCUCCACUUUCCGCCACUCCGACUUGAUCAAGAUCGACCCGCAUGCCUAUUACAGCGGCAGCUAUGAUCGGAACUCGACCCGUUUCGUAGUUGGUUACUCGACGGCGGAGUUCAACGAGCCUGAUUUCGAAGAGUACGAUCCGAAACCUUACGGCGGUGGCUAUGACCCUUCUCUCACUUAUGGGAAACCCCUCCCACCAUCUGCAGAGAUCUGUUAUCCUCAUUCCACGAGGGUUCAAGAUCCGCCGGCGCUAGGCGGUGUUCGAGACGGAAUUCCCGAAUUGCCUAUCGCUAUAGCGGAAGAUGAGGAAGCAAGAAAGCCUGGAGCAGGAAGCGAAAUCGAACCAGCCAAGAUUGAUCAGGGAGGGCAAAACUCUUCCCAUCAAACAGAAGAAGGCUCGGAUCAUGAAGAGAGCGAGCAAAGUUACGAUGAGAAUCCGGGCUACUCUCCUUGGGGUGGUUAUGGAUGCGGGUUCCAGAGGAUGGCACCCCCGGCUCCGCCUGGCUGCGGGUUGGAUGCUUGGGAUAUCUGCGACGGCAUACACGGGUAUUGGCCUUGCUUGUCUAGGGACUACAGGAGAGACUAUGGAGCUGAAAAAACUGCUGAUAGAGAAUAUUGCAGAAGGAAUGAAGAUCCGUGGCAGGGCACUGCUGAUUAUCUUUUCGGAAACGCCGACCCUUACGCCGAUCGAAGGUAUGAUUCCCAGGUGAGUCCUGGGCACUAUCAUGUGCAUGCACCUGAAAGGCAAAGUGAAGGGCAACUGUAUUAUAAUCAGGUUCAGCAUGACUACUAUGGGGAUUCAAAUUCUUGGUAGGUCGAACAUCAGGACCGUCUUCUUCGCAGAUCGAAACGAAUCUCAGGUGCUCAUGUCGUUGGUUCUGAGAUUCGGUUCAUCGAGACGACCGUCCUGAGAUCCUUUUUCACGUUUUUUCUUACGGCUUAAAGCUUGAUGCAACUGGAGUUAUGUAGUAGGGAACUGGGAAUGAACGAGGAGGUGAGAAUUCAAUUCACUGGC